GUAGCCAGAGGGCGGUGGCAUUUCUCUCUCUCUGCGUAAACGGAGAGAGUGGAGAAGGAGAGAGCGCACGGAGAGAAAAGCAGAGCUUAGUGGCGAGGAAGCAGACACGAGUGAAGGGACCCCGUGGUUAUUUCCACCACCUCUCUCUCUCUCUCUCUCUCUCUCUCUCUCCUCACAGCUUAACCUGCGCCUUCUGAGACGGACUUGGCCAUCGGGACUAGAGGCGAUACACCUUACCCACCUUUUGGUUUUUGAACUCGUUUGAUUAAUCAGCAGACCCUGUGGUGGAGGGGGGGUUCUCAUUUCCCCCGCCGUGGACCGAGGAGUUUUGUGUGUUUAUGUGUUUUACGCGUUGCUUGUAAUGGGCAAAAGUGGACAGAGAAGUGGAAUAGGACGCGGGGGUUGCGGCUUGGUGAGGAUGUGCGCCACGCCGGGGAUUCUGGUUCUCCUGGUGCUCGUACACCGAGGAGUCACCCAAGUGAGAGAUGAUGACGAUUUCCUGAGUUUGAGCGAACUCCCGGAAACCUUCCCCUCCGACCCACCGGAGCCCUUGCCUCACUUCCUAUUCGAACCUGAGGAAGGAUACAUUGUCAAGAAUAAACCUGUCAAUCUCUACUGCAAAGCAACGCCUGCCACGCAGAUUUAUUUCAAGUGCAACAGUGAGUGGGUCCAUCAGAAAGACCAUACUGUGGAAGAGAGGGUGGACGAAAACUCAGGUCUGGUGGUAAGAGAAGCCAGUAUAGAAAUUACACGACAGCAGGUUGAGGAGCUAUUUGGUCCUGAAGAUUACUGGUGUCAGUGCGUGGCCUGGAGCUCUGCUGGAACCACCAAAAGCCGCAAGGCACACGUCCGGAUUGCAUACCUGAAGAAGUCAUUUGAACAGGAACCCUUGGGAAAGGAAGUAUCUCUGGAGCAGGAAGUGCUGUUACAGUGUCGCCCUCCUGAGGGCAUACCAGCUGCUGAGGUGGAGUGGUUGAAGAACGAAGAGAUAAUUGACCCAGCGGAGGACAGAAACUUCUACAUCACCAUCGACCACAAUCUGAUCAUCAAACAGGCACGUCUGUCUGACACGGCCAACUACACAUGUGUGGCAAAGAACAUAGUGGCCAAAAGACGAAGCACUACAGCGACUGUUAUUGUUUAUGUGAACGGUGGUUGGUCAACAUGGACGGAGUGGUCGGUGUGUAACAGCCGGUGUGGACGGGGCUUCCAGAAACGAACCCGCAGCUGCACUAACCCCGCCCCUCUCAACGGAGGACUGCCUUGUGAUGGACAGGCCAUACAGAAACUGCCCUGCACCACACUGUGCACCGUGGACGGUGUGUGGACAGACUGGAGUAAGUGGUCGGCCUGUGGGACAGAGUGUACCCAGUGGAGGAGGAGAGAGUGCAACAACCCAGCACCUAAAAAUGGAGGAAAGGACUGCGAUGGGAUGGUCCUCCAGUCUCAGAACUGUACUGACGGACUCUGUAUGCAAAGUUCAUUUUUUCAGAAGUCUACUGAGCCCAAAGAAAAGAGUGAUUUGGGAAUCCCAUCUGCUCCAAGUACAGAUGAUGUGGCGUUGUACGUGGGAAUUGUCAUCGCAGUGAUUAUGUGCCUGGUCAUCUCUGUCAUCGUGGCGCUCUUUGUCUACCGCAAGACGCACCGUGACUUUGACUCGGACAUCAUCGACACCUCAGCACUAAAUGGAGGCUUCCAGUCUGUUAAUAUCAAAACAGCCAGAUCAGCUGAUCUACUGACAGCUCCUCCUGACUUGACAAAUGCAGCUGCCAUGUAUCGUGGCCCGGUCUAUGCCCUCCACGAUGUUUCAGAUAAAAUCCCAAUGACCAACUCUCCUCUCCUGGACCCUCUUCCCAACCUGAAGAUCAAAGUCUACAACUCUUCCGGUCUGGUCACACCACAGGAUGACCUCGGUGGAGACUUCACAUCCAAACUGUCUCCUAAGGUAACUCAGUCUCUGUUGGAUAACAGCGACACCAUGAACCUUCGCAACCAGAGCUUGGCCCGAACACGGGACCCUUCCUGUACUGCUCACGGAUCCUUCAACAACCAGGGAGGACACCUCAUUGUACCAAACUCUGGCGUGAGUUUGUUGGUUCCAGCGGGUGCUGUUCCUCAGGGUAGGGUGUACGAGAUGUAUGUGACUGUGCACAGGAAGGACAGCUUGAGACCCCCAGUGGAGGACAUCCAGACGGUGCUAAGCCCAGUGGUGAGUUGUGGACCUCCAGGAGCCCUGCUGACCAGACCAGUAAUCCUCACCAUCCACCACUGUGCUGACAACGUCCAGGAAGACUGGCUCAUACAGCUGAAGAACCAACUGGCCAUGGGAGAGUGGGAGGAUGUGGUUGUAGUGGGAGAGGAAAACUUCACCACCCCCUGCUAUGUGCAGAUGGACUCGGAGGCAUGUCACAUCUUAACAGAGACACUGGGGACAUACUGCCUGGUGGGCCAGUCAGUCUGCAAGGCAGCCGCCAAGAGGCUCAAACUGGCUGUUUUUGGACCCGUUUCCUGCACAACUUUGGACUAUCACAUUAGAGUCUAUUGUCUGGAUGACACACAGGAUGCACUCAAGGAGGUUCUUCAGAUGGAGACCCAGAUGGGAGGGAAGCUUCUGGAUGAACCAAAAACUCUGAACUUUAAAGACAGCACACACAAUCUGAGACUGUCAAUCCACGACGUGCCACACACACACUGGAAGAGCAAACUCAUCGCCAAGUAUCAGGAGAUCCCGUUCUACCAGGUGUGGAGUGGCAGUCAGAGAACUCUUCACUGCACCUUCACCCUAGAGAGACUGAGCUCAGCCACCACAGAGAUCAGCUGCAAACUGUGUGUGCGGCAGGUGGAAGGAGAAGGACAGAUCUUUCAGCUCAGCAACACACUGGAGGAGGAGGUCCAGUGCAUAGACACAUCCCUGAUGGACCCUGCCAGUAAUAUCACAACCUUAGUGGGGCCCAAUGCCUUCCGCAUUCCUUUAUCCAUCAGACAGAAGCUGUGCGGCAGUCUAGAUGCACCACAGACCAGAGGCAAUGACUGGAGGAUGCUGGCCCACAAACUCAACCUUGACAGGUACCUGAACUACUUUGCCACCAAGUCCAGUCCAACAGGUGUGAUCCUGGAUCUCUGGGAGGCCCAGCAUUUCCCUGACGGAGACCUAAAUGAACUGGCCGCUGUGCUGGAAGAGAUGGGUCGCCAUGACAGUAACUUCGCCUCCAUGACAACGGAACACUGACCAAGUAACGUGGUUACUGUGACAGUGGCAGAACUCUGGAGACAAUUACAUGUUAAUUCUCUACGGUUGAUACUGCAGCAAGGGCAAUGAACAAAUUAGAUGCGAGCAAAAGAAAAGUUGUCACCAUGGUGAUUGAGCACCAGUUAAAUACCAGGUUAAUCAUGCCGACAUGGUAACUGAACAAGAAGUGCUCAAGCUGGUGCUGGAACUAUGUGUGUAUCUUCGUGUGUUUAUUUGAGCAACGCAGCAGUGUCGUUUGUGACUGAAGGAGAGAUAACCCAACUUAUAACACAAAGUCUAUCAGGAACAAACAAAACAUACACGCCUAAAAAAAAAAAAAAAGAAGACCAUGUCCAGUGUAACACUAGUUGUUCUCUUGCUGUUGCUUUAUACCGAACAAAGAGAAGCAGAGAAAAGAAAAAAAGAAGCAACACAGGUACUGACCUUGAAAACCUCUAUAGGAAUGGAACAGAAUCAUAAAGAGAGGGAAGCUAAACUGAUUAAAAAAGAGUGGGAGAAGGUAGAGUUAGGAAAAGGAGAGAGUGUGUUAGAGACAAGACUCUUUAGUAAGAGUAAACACAGAGAGAAGCUAAACUGAUUACAAAAGGCAGAGAGGACGUAAACAUAAAAUGAUGGAAGAAGCCGCGGGUGAUCAUCCGUACGAACAGAAUGGAAAACAGAUAAUGAGAGAGGGGAGGCAAAGGCGUGAUCCCACUCUCCUCUUGUGAGCCUUGGCUGUACGUGUUUGCCAGUACAGUUUGUUGUCUUUAUAUCGUUUCCUAGGGAACGCUCUAUGUAUUCUGCUGUCCAUAUGUGUGGAUCAUUUCCUGCUAACAGAAUUUGCUACACAGUAACUGUCAAUCAAGGAUCCUGACCAGAAACAAGCCCAAGACAAGAGUUUCCCUUUUUGGCUAUGAUGUCUAAAUUUGUGUUUUAUUAUGUAUUGAGUUUGUGGCUUUCCUCCAAAGUGCAUGAGCGAUAUCAAAUCAUCCAGGUUACAGGAAAUCUAGAGGUACUAAGUCAAAGGCAGCUGAACUUGCUGUCCACUCGCCUUGAACUUGUGCCUCUAAUUUUCUUAAAUAAGCCAAUCCAAAGAUGAUUAUACUCCAGAUGGAUGCAAGAAAAAAAAUAUUUUUUUGUUUGUCAUUUUUAGAAAGGUUAUGACAGACUUUUGAAAUUGUCUGUUUUGAGGUAUAUUUAAGAUUGCACUUAUGAUAAACAGAUAAAUGUGGCAGAGAUGCCGACUGUCAGCUAUUCAUUCUCACGCACUCUAUACUACAGUACAGUACACUAAUAUGUUUGUUUUAAAGACGCAAGCAUUCGCUCAUUUUAAAGUUGUAUACAACAACUUUUGCGCUUACUGCAGCUUCACACCACCACAAGCUUGAAGCAAUGAUUGCAUCUUAAACUAAAAUCGCGUGUUAACAUGUUAUCUGCAGUAAUGCUGCUGCUCUGUUUGUCUGCUGUUUGGUGAUGCAGGGUGGGGAACUCCAGCCGUGGCUACCACAUUUGGUUAACCCCAACCUCAAAUCCAGGAGUCUCUCUGAGAGACUGUCGGGGCUUGUUUCUGGACAGGGUCCAACUCAGAGAAAAGCGAGAGGAAGCAAAAAGGGAUGAACUAAAAGUGAAAACACAAGUGUUUUUAAAUACAGUAAUAUACAAAGUACCAUAGUAUUAUGUGAUAGUGAAUUAAAUACAGCUGAUAUCAUUCAUUACUGCUAAAUGUACCCAAUAUACAGAUUUUAUCAAUCAUAUUUUCAUUUACUAAAAUAUAUAUAGCUUACACACACAUAUAUAAGCUAUAUAUAUAU